UCUCUACAAAAUCGUCUCAUCCUUCCGAUUGGUACAAUUGCAACGGAAGACAAGUGGAUGUCUCUACCGGAGAUGGGGUACCUCAUUGCUACGAGGUUGCAAGUUGUCUUCAUCUCCAUUUCACUAAAAGGUUGUUACACUUAUCUGCCAUUGAGAGGAGGCGCCCCACCGGAAGUACAUCCCGUUAUAGCAGUUGGUCACGUCACCAACCACUUUGUUCAGCUCAAGCUUAAGCCGGGACAUCCUAUGCCAACAAUAGCUCCCCAAUGGCCGUUUUUGGCCAAAGAACCCACCGACCAAUGGAUCUUCCCGUAUGCGGCGCGUUUGGCUACAUUUACGGCAGAAUUGAAUGCUUGGAUUGAUCCUACGGGUGGUCCUCAAGAGAAUGUCUUUAUAGACCUUGGAGAAGAUUGAGACUAGGAUUGAUGUUUGUAGCAAUGACAUAUGUACAACUAAUUAGAAGUUCAAAGUAUUAUGAUGUAGUAUUAAACUAUUUCUCAUGUGCAUUUUAUCUGUUUCUGCCCUGCAAUGUAGCUGGUUAUGAGAACUUGUGAUUCUGCCUGCAUUGUUUCUGGUACUGUCAU